UCCAUCCCCAUGGCGCUCCACGCAAGACCCAAGGCUUUUUCUUUUGUUGCAAAAUGAGAGUAAGAAAGUGGAAUAUGAGAGUGAAUGCGAACAAUGAAAGCGAUUGGCGAAGAAACGACGUCUUCUCAUGUGUGGUGAAAGGAACGACCAGGAUUGGUUUUGUAAAUGGGGGGGCCCGAAGGAGAGGUGAAAGAAUGUGUGGUGAAAGCUCCCGCACUCUAUGCAGCCUCGAGGCACGUCAUAUUCCUAGAAACCUCGCCCUCCCCCCCCACCUUCUCUUCAUCUGCCAUUGAACAGAAAGGAAAGCCACCUUCGGAACAAGAGGCGGCGGCCUCUGGGGACACGAAAGGAGGGGCUGGAGCCCGGGCUGGACCCGUCCAUUGGUGGCCCGGCAUUAGGUCUGAAGCGAGCGGGAUGGUGGGAGGGAACGAGGCGGGAAUUUGGGGUUGGGCCAUCGGGUCGGGUGGCCGCAUGACGCCGCCCGGGGUCAAGUCCGAUUUGGACCGUUGGACUCCCGACAUCCACACGUUGACCCCUUUGCGGACAGGGGACCAUCCACACACAUCCCAAGACGCUAUUCGACCGGUGACAGCCCGCAUCAAGCCAAGAAGCCCAACGGUCAGCCUGGCCUUGUGGUUGAGGCCGGGGGAGGGGGGGGACAAGACGUCAAACCCCUUGCAUUCGGACGCCUCGCAGCCGAACCAACCGUGAUAUCUCCGACAGCUGGCGGCGGCGGUGGUCAGAAAAGUGCAUACCGGGCCGCAGCCGCGCAGUACGCCGUCCCAGCUGCUCCCACUCGC